AUGGGCGGCAACAUCCACCACAUUGAAUCCUCGGAGCAGCUCGACGCCCUCCUCGCCUCCACCACCUACGUCGCCGUCGACUUCUACGCCGACUGGUGCCCGCCCUGCAAGGCCAUCGCCCCCAUCUACGAAAACCUCGCCGGCAAGCACUCCGUCGACAAGUACCUCGCCUUUGCAAAGGUCAACGUCGACCACGUCCAGGACGUCGCCGCCCGAUACGGAAUCACCGCCAUGCCCACCUUUCUCUUCUUCAAGGAGGGCCAGCAGGUUGCCGUCAACGGCAAGAACAUGAUCCAGGGCGCCGAUCCCAAGAGCCUGGGUGCUGCAGUUGACAAGCUGAGCGGGCUGGCGCAGAAGAGGGUCGAGGAGGCCAAUGCCGCGUCUGCUUAA